CGAGCUCUUGUCACAUCUUCCACCAACCGUCCAAGCUCCAGCAUCGGCAGCACACUACGAAGUUGUAGUCUGGCUGCUCUGAAGACGACAUAAAAGUGGAGCGACCGAAGCGUAUUCUUCUACCGGAAGACUACAUCACCUCCUACAACUGAAAAGAAGGAGAGAAGGAAGCAGAGUGGUCGUCUGAAACAAAAGCAGUGGGAGUGUGGAGAUCUCGCGGGGACAUUGAAGAAACACCAGGCCCAACUGCAUCAUGGGAAAACAGAACAGUAAGCUACGACCCGAGGUCCUCAACGAUCUGAGGGAGAACACGGAGUUCACCGACCACGAGCUACAGGAGUGGUACCGCGGCUUCCUCAAGGACUGCCCCACGGGCCACCUGACCGUGGAGGAGUUCAAGAAGAUCUACGCCAACUUCUUCCCCUACGGAGACGCCUCCAAGUUUGCCGAGCACGUCUUCCGCACGUUCGACACCAACGGCGACGCCACCAUCGACUUCAGGGAGUUCAUCAUCGCGCUGAGUGUGACGUCUCGGGGCGGGCUGGAGCAGAAACUGCGCUGGGCCUUCAGCAUGUACGAUCUCGACGGGAACGGCUACAUCAGCCGGGCUGAGAUGCUGGAGAUAGUCCAGGCCAUUUAUAAGAUGGUGUCGUCAGUCAUGAAGAUGCCCGAGGAUGAAUCCACCCCGGAAAAACGGACGGAUAAGAUCUUUAGACAGAUGGACAUCGACAACGACGGUCGAUUGUCCUUGGAGGAGUUCAUUAAAGGUGCCAAGAGCGACCCGUCCAUUGUCAGACUGCUACAGUCCGAUCAGGGAACGUCUCGCCAGUUCUGAGGCCGCACGCUCGUUGACCUAAUAAGCAAAAAACACGGUCAGGACAUGUACAGUAUAGCGCUCCACGUCGUAUGUUUACAUUAUCGUGGCUUCUUUUCUGUGGAUAUGCUUUUCUCCUGCCUCGUAACGGUUUUUUGCCCUCCAAAGUGCCAUACCACGUAUUUAUACUGACUGGACCGCUU